AUGAGAAGCCGGGCCCCCUGCUUCCGCCUCGUGUUCCAGGAGGAAGGGUGUGUGUGUAAAGGACGCAGUCACGCUGUCACGACCCUGCGCCUGCGCGGAGCCACUACCCGGUACGAACACCGAGUCCGUGUCUCACCCCCUCACGGUAACGUGGGGACCCGCGUGCGUUAUCCGCACACCUGUAAGCAAGGGCGCUGGGGGCCCCUCUCAGGCCGCGGGCCCAGACAGCACCCAGAACAUGCGCCGGCGUCAGGAGCUGCUGGAACACCACCGCCACCGUCGCGAAGGAGAAAAAGGGAGGUUCAGGGUCCUGUAUUUUACCCUCACAGAAACCUGAAGCCGAAUGACCAGGGGGCGCCGACAGACCUGUGCGGGCGGGAGGGCAGCCCGAAGCCCGCCCCUAGCGGCGCCCGUCCCUCCUGCCCGGUUCCCGCCAGGCAGCCACGGGACCCGGGGCCCCCACGCCGGGAGAGGACGGGACGCUGGCACUCGGGUCGGAACCUCGCGGGGCGCGGGGAGACCGGCCAAGGCCGCUUCCUACCGAUUCCGCCGGUUCGUCCGGGCCCUGGCCCCGCACACUCAGCAUCUCGCAGCCCCGCUCCGCCGCCCAGGCAGGUGAGAGCCACGCGACUGCACACCUGGGGCCAAGACCGGAUACGCUUCAGCAACCUGAUCGCGCAGAGCUCCGGACACCCCGCGUUCAGAGGCCACACUGUGGACCACGCCCCCGCACGGUGAUUGGACGACGGCCCGAGCACUCUAAGACGACUUCCCUGACUGGACGAUCACAGGUCCCACCCCUCGCGUCCUGCGGCUUUGACUAGGCAGUAUCUCCCACAGUUCUGAGCGUCAGGCUGUUGGCAACCAAACUCUGCUCCUGACGCAGCCAGCCAGCUCCUGGCCGGGUGGGCUGCCCUCUGCCUUCAGCUUGGUGCUCCGCCUAGGUCCUCCCCUUGGAUCGGGAAGUCCUGACUCAGUUUCCCCUCCCAGAGCCUCGUGUGCGGGCCUGGAACUGGGAGAGGGCCUGGUGACUUCGCGGGUAUAGGGGUAGAAUUGGGGGCACAAGUGAGUCUGUGUCCUUUGUCUAUGAAGACAAAUCCUCAACAGUGAGGUCAUUGCAAAGGAAGGUUGUGGCUGAUUUAACGUGUGACCUUUGCCACCAGAAGGCCCCAUCCCCUGGGGCUUGUAACUCUUUGAGACCUUUACACCCACUGGAAAGUGGGACCCGGUGGCCCAAGCCUGGCACAGGAGUCUUCUCAGCACAGCCGCAGGUGUGAGACUUUAGAAUUCUCCUGUGUGCAUUUUACUCUGCAAGGACAAUUGUGUCCUUCCAGUUUACACUCAGUCUCUGAAUUUUGAAAUACAAAAGGCAAUAUACCUUAUUCAGCUCGUACAGAAAUGUUACACAGCUUUUCGAAUGUACAACACUUGAGUUUUACUUGAAAGUGCAAACUCAGAGUAUGUGACUUGUGUCUCCUUUUAAAAAAGUUUAAAGGCCAUCAUAUCCAUGGUAACCUUACCUCCUGGCUCCCCCAAAACACUUUGUCUCUAUGCAUAUGCCUAUUGUGGAUAUUUUGUACAAAUAUAUUCAUACACUAUGGGGCCUUCUGUGUCUCGUUUCUUUUAUUAGCAUAAGGUUUUCAAGGUUCAUUCCUUUUCACAGCUGAAUGAUAUUCCAUCCUAUGUAUACGCUAUACUUUAUCCAUUCUCCAUUGAUGGGACUUUGGAACAUUUCCACCUUUUGCCUAUUUAUGUAUAUGGCUAUAUAUUGUGCUACGAGGAAUGGACAUUCAUGUACACAUAUCUGAGUAUUUCAUUAUAGGCAGAAGUGGAAUGGUUGGGUCAUAUGGUAAUGCUGUGUUUAACUUCUUUAAGAACCACCCAGUGCUUCUCCACACCAGCUGCACCACUUUACAUUCCCACCAGCAGUGCAUGAUUUUACAGUUUCUCCACAUCCUCAACACUUUUUUUCUGAUUUAAAAUUCUACCCAUCCUAGCAGGUGUGAUGUGGGAUCUCACUGGUUUUGAUCUGAACUUGCCAAGUGAUUAGUGAUAUAGCGAUUCUUUUCAUGUGCUUAUUGGCCAUUUGUUUAUUCUUUCAGAGAAUUGUCUAUUCAAGUCCUUUACUUGGUUGUUUACCUUUUUGUUAUUGAGAUGUAAGAAAA